AUGAAUUUGAUGAACAUUGCGAAACAUGUUCUUCAUUUGAUACAAGUGGAAUUUUAUUGUGAAAACUCACCAACAAGUGAUGAUGAAAUUUUGGCUUCACAACAGUUAUUCGAAAUUUUAAAGACAUUCAAGGAUAGCUACUUUAAUGAAUUACACACUUAUGAAACUCUCGAUUUCCAUGAUGAAUAUGAUGAUAUGACAGACGAAGAAGACAGCACUGAUGAAGAAAAAUCGAAUGAUGAAGAAGAAUCAACUGAUGAAGAACAGAAUAUGGACGAUUAUGAUGAUAAUCAAUACUUGAAUAUUCGGAAUAAUUUUACAUUAGAAGAGAUGGAAGAUAUAAUAGAAUGGGUUGAUGAACAUCCAAAUUAUACAUUUGCAAAUUCAGGGAAUAUAUUAAAACAAAUGGUACAAAAUCAGAAAAGUUAA